AGUGUAUCAUAUCUGUAAAGUCAUGUGACUCGUCACACCAUCAGAAUAGACAAGAAUUCACUGUGAGCUUCACACCUCAUUACAGCUAAUGGACCAAUCAAAUCAGUCCACAGCUUCAAAUCAUCCAAUCAGGUGUGAGUCUGGACCUGGUUUUGUACUGAACACACAAGUUCAUUAGAUCACUUGGUGUGAACAGGAACGAUGAUCAGACUCUUUGUCGCUCUUUGUGCUCUUUUUUCUCUCUUCACAGCUGUGAAAACUUCUGACAUCAAGGAGAUUGACGUGAUAACAGUAAAGCGUGGAGAAGAUGUAACUAUGAAGUGUAACAUUAGCAGUGACACAAAGAAAGAUAGUGUAGUUUGGUACAGACAGAUUUCAGGAAAAUUACCUCAGUUUUUUGCAAAACCAUACAAGAGCGAAUUGGGCUACAGAUUUAGUGAUGGAUUUAAUGAUGCUCGUUUCAGUAUUAGUGUAAAUGACAAUAAAUUUGAUCUUAAUAUUAAAAAAACAAGAGAAGAUGAUGAAGGAGAAUAUUUCUGUGGAGAAAUGGAAGGAAGUAAUGUGAAGUUCACAUCUGGAACACGUCUGCAAUUUGAAGGUGAAAACAAGUGGAUUAAUCCCUUAAUAGCCUCCAAUAUAUUCUCUGUUAUCGUAAUCACACUUCUGCUUGGAGUUUUAUAUAAAAAUCACAGAAAAGAUGCUUCAUCAAGCAACCAUCAAAUUCCCACCAAUCAGACUGCUGCUGCUGAUGAUGAUGUCUUGAACUAUGCAGCUGUGAGUUUUGCUAAAAAACCUUCAUCCUCCAGAACAUCCAGAGCCAAAAAUACCCAUGAAGACGUUUAUGCUCAAGUUAAAAUAAAAUAGAGAAAUUAUAUUUUUUACAUUUGUGUUUUUUCCUUCUGAAGCGUUCUUCAGUUUUUCUCAGCAUUUUUUCUUGAAAUAGAGCAGAUGAUUUCAAAAAUGUAAAAAAAAACUAAUAUUAUUGUUUGAUUUUGAAGGUUAAAUUGUUAAGAAAAUGUUAUUGGUGCACAAUUUGUUUAAACUUUUAUUUCUGUUUUAACUAAAACAUUAACUUUUCCAGAAAUAUUAAGAGCCUGUAAGUGAAAGAGGGCUGAAUAUAAAGAUUCCAACAUUACUGAUGAGAUGUGGCUGUUUAACCUGAAAUUACAUUUCAGACACCGAACAUUAAAUCAGAUUAAAAAUGUAUGUUGAGACCGAUGAUGUGCCAAGAA